AUGUCCACCAUGUUAUUAAUAGAAACAAUAAGAAGACAAGAAAAGAAGAUAGAUAAUUUGAGAUCUUAAAUUAAACGAAGUGAGAGUGUUAGAAAGAGUAGCCGAAAUACACGUAGUGAGAAAAGUGAAUAUUUGCAAUGCAAGAGUUCUAUUAAGCCAGUUGCAAAGCCUGUUCAAAAAAUGAAAGAAAAGGAUUAAACUAUUAAUAUUUUAACUGAAAGACUCAAUAGAGCAUUUGAAGUGGAAAAUGAAGUAUUAUAUGUUACAAAAUGCAAAGAUGAAACAUAAACUCCAAAAGUAAAAGGUUUUGUUUAAGUGUCUAUACAAUGAAUUAUAAAGUGAAGUGUAAAAUUUGAAAUGUGAAAUCCAACGAUUGGCCACACCCUAAAAAUAUAAAAAACCUCUUUACUUUUGA